AUGCCUCUCUACGAGCUCCUGUGCAUCGCCGCAUCAUCCGCCGAGUCGGCCCCUCUGCGCGACCUGGUCAAGUCGACGUCCAAGCUGAUUCUCGAGAAUGGAGGCGCAGUGCGAGGAGUGCAAUACUGGGGCCAACGACGACUGCCGCAACGCGCACGCAGACAUCAGCAAUACCACAGCACAGGAGACUACUGGCUGAUGCACUUUGACACCAACGCCCCCGUACUCAAAUCGCUCAACGACCGACUUCGAGCGGAUCCACGAGUGAUCAAGUGGACCGCGCUCAAGCUUGGCGACAAGCUCGACCAGAUCACACCCAAAGCCACAUCAGGAGGUCUCGAUUCCAACUCAGAUGCCCCAGAAGCACGAGCAUUGUUCGGAGGCAAGACCAUGCGAUACGGCUGGCAAUAG